UCGGUCGUCGUCGUCGUCGUUGUCUAGCUGCUCGCGUGAUAGAUUGGCGUUUUCUUGUUUGUUCAAUCUCGUGCUGCUGUAAAUGGAUAUCCUCUUAUCGCUUCGCGAUCCUUGUAAUUGGCGAUGAAUGUCCGCGCCGCCCCCAGACACUUGAGAUUACCGACGACGGACGGUCGAAGAACUUGUGCAGUGAAGUGAUAGAUAGUGAUGUGCGUGCGACCCACACGGUACACGGUGGUUGGUGGAGAAAGUGAAGAUUCUGUUUGCUGUAGUGGUGAUGAGAAGAGGAGUGCAUCUUCCUGUCAGAAUUUUUCAUUCUCAAGCGUUCACUCUUCAGUCGUCUGGUUCGAAAAUAUGAAUGUAAAAACAUCAGGAAAAGAGUGUCGCUCAUCGCUGCUGCGAGGAAUGUGAUGAUUUUGAUUUGCCCCUGUGUGUAUGCAUCCGAUGCCCGUAGACGGUACAACACACAUACAGUGAUGAAGAGCGCCGCGCGCGCGUGUGUGAUGUGAAGAUCCUUGAUGUUCUGUGAGAAGAACACCGACCGAGCAAAGGCAGCAAUGUUUACAGAUGUUCUACCGUAGAGAGGAGUGCGCUAAUGUUUUUGGUAGUGGUGAGAUUGUGUGCUGAUGGUCCUGUUUUGUGUUGAUAGUGGGUGCAAUAGCCAACGUUAUAGUGGGAUGAUGCAUGACAACCACUUUUAGGUGCUUCAAUUUUUUUUUUAAUCAGUUUGUGGGCAGUCAGAAGAGCAGAAGCGGCCAUCCGUUGCAUGCAGUAAUCAAAUGGGAAAAAAAGAGUCAUUAUUAAACAUGUCAUGGAGGAUGCUGCUGGAACGGUCCAUGAUCUCUGUCGUCAGUGAGCAGUGAAACGCGGAGGAAAACGAAAAUCAAGUGAUAAGAAAAGGUAGACCAAGAAGAACACCGAUAGGCAAGUGUGUGAGACGACAGCCUGCUUUCUCGCAAAUAGCAGCAGCCAGCAAGCAGCGAGUUACGAAAGUGUGGUGAUCAAUCAACAAAAUAUUGUGGCCGGUGGUCGGUAAUUAAAAACAAAAAAAGCGAAAGAAAAAUAUCAUCGACAAGCUAUAAUAGCUGACGAAGGCGAGAGGAGAACCCCCGAACCAAUAUAACAUAAUGACAGAAAGAAAGUUUACCCGCGGGCUCAACAAGCCCGGAAUGGCAGCUCAGCUGAGGGAGAACAUCUCGCAGGUUGUACGUGAAUCUGCUUCACUUAGCAAACCAAUCCUAGUGGAUCCGAUUGACUUCGAAGGAUUCAUCACCAAAAAUAAGACCCUCAUCCAGAAUGAUCCCCAGCGUGAGCUGCUGCUGUACCCGAACGAUGAUGUGGCGGAAGUGGUACUGCCGAAGAAGUUCCGUACCGUCACCAGCAACAUUCCAAGUUUUGCCAAAGCCCUUGCGUCGUCAAGUGCUCAGAAUGGCGGCAGCAGCAGCGGGAAAUCCGCCGCCGCCACCAACGGAACCAGUUCGCAGUGUGCUUCUCCGACGCACGACAGCAACGGCAGCAAUAGAGCCACCGUAAGUUCAACGGGGCACCUCCUGACCCGCCAGGCGUUACACACCUACGAAUCUGCCAACCAUCUGAUACACUACAAGUACAGCGCCUACGGAGGAACCUACCAAGAGCUACCACGGAUAUCCCCGUCGGACGAGCUGAAGGAAGAACUGUACGAAAUCGACACCGACCACGACCGGCUGGACGAGCAGAUGACCCGUUCGCAGGCGGACACCAUCACCAAGCAGGGCUAUCUCCUGAAAGGUCCCGACACCAACUCCGACCGCAUGUUCGCCCACAUCGGAUCCAAGUCCUUCAAACGGCGCUACUGCUACCUCCGGCAGGAAAUCGACGGCACCUACAUCCUCGAGCUGCACAAAGACGAAAAGCAGGUCGAAGCUAAAACGACCAUCGUGAUGGACUUCUGCACCGAGGUGGUGCCGAAUCCGAAGAAGGGCCGCCACUGUUUCGAACUGAAGAUGAAUGCCCCCCAGCAGAAGUCGUUCACCCUGGCCGCGGACGACGAAGCGGAUAUGGAAGAUUGGUUGAAGAAGAUAUCGUCGGUGAUACAGCAGAACAAACUGCAGGAGGACAAACGGGUGGCUUCGUUGGAACGGACGACGGCACCGCCGCCGCCUCCGGCCAGUCCCAGUACGAUGAUGAUGUACGGGACAUUGAAGGGACUGGACCAGAGUAUGAACCCGCAGCUGAUGAAAUAUGGCCGCGAAACGGACAUGUCGAUUGCCCAGGCUAGGAAGGACAACCGAAGGCGCUUGUUUGGGGCGUACCAACAGCAUGGAGCGGGUGGAUCGGCCAAGGUUUCAGUUUCGAGUAAGGCGGAACCCGUGGAGCCGUACCGGGAGCAGUUUGGUCAGAGGAUUCUGCUCAAAUGUGAUUCACUCAAGUUCCGACUGCAAGCCCCGGUGGAGGGCAGUUGUCCUUCGCCAGCAUCGAACGGGGAAGGCGAAGUGGCGCUCUGUCAGCUCGAACCAUACCUCUCCAGUGUGGCACUGUACGACGCAAAGAACUGUCGCAAACUGACCGAAAGCUUCUACUUCGACCUGAACAAAGAUCACGUACGGGACAUGCUCAACGCCAGCUGGGAAGCGGAUAAGCCCCAGUGUACCUCUCCAAAGCCAACCAGCAAAGCCCACCAGAAUGGCAACGGCACGCUGCGGCACUCCAAGACCCGCUGCGACACCAGUGACGAUCUGCAUCCGGAUGUGACGAAGGAAUGGACAGCACGUGCGAAGCAAGCAAUUUUCAGCGUUACCUCGCCCAACCCGGACAUCUUCGUGGUGGUGAAGAUCGAUAAGAUCCUGCAAGGGGCCAUCAAUCCCUCGGCGGAACCGUACUUGAAAGCCUCGAAGGAUGUCAAAUUGCUGUGCAAGCUCCAGAAGACCGUAAGGCAGUACGCGCAUAAGUGUGGUCACUAUCGGAUGCCGUUUGCGUGGGCGGCAAGGCCGCUCUUCCGGUUGUACAGCAAUGAGCUGGACACUUCGUUUGACUUCCCGGCGAUCUAUCGACAGGAGGGUACCAAGUUGAAGGACGAUGAACUGCUGAAGCUGCUGAUGGAGUACAGGAGGCCGGAUAAGUUCAGCAAACUCACCGUAAUCCCGGGAUCGUUGAAGAUCUACAUCGAGGCUUUGAAUGAGCUCCCACCAAAUUGCCUAACAACUACCCUGGUCCCAUUGAAACCAUUCCCGUCUCCACCAAGUGUUGACCCUACCCUGGAAGUAACCGAAUUUGAAAACCGUGGUUCCGAUCAGCAUUUGAAUCCGUAUGCAACCUUCGUGAAUCACUUGUACGUUUAUCCGUUGCAAUUGAACUACGACAGCCAGAAGAUCUUUUCCAGGGCUCGCAACAUUGCCGUACUGGUCGAGCUGCGUGACAGUGACACCACUGAGGCUAGGUCUAUCGAGUGCAUCUACGGCCGACCCGGUCAACCGAUGCUCGUUUCCCAGAUGUCCUGUCCCGUUCUGCAUCACAACACUAGUCCCACGUGGUACGAGGAAAUCAAACUCAGGCUUCCCCUUCGGAUAACCGCUCAACACCAUCUGCUGUUUUCGUUCUUCCACGUAUCGUGCAACAUUGCCAAAAAGAAGGAUCUCGUAUCGACCGCUGCCGAAUCUCCUGUUGGCUACGCCUGGCUGCCACUGCUCACCAAAGGGAAACUGAACAUCGAAGAACAGUGUCUACCGGUGGCGGCUUCCCUGCCUGCAGGGUACCUUUCGAUUCAGCCUCUUGGUCUUGGAAAGGGGCAGAACUCCGGUCCGGAAAUCCAAUGGAUCGACAACCAGCGGCAAAUCUUCACGAUCACCUUCCGACUAGACUCAACCGUCCUCACCACGGACCAGCACCUGCACAAUCUAUUCCUGCAUGCCGAACGCCUGCUCGAUCAGCCCAAAACUGCGGCCCUUCCAGCAGAAUCCGAAAGCUGCAAGAUAUUGAAAGCUGCCCACGCUAUCCAGAUCAACUCGUUGAUCACCUUCCUACCGACGAUCUUGAAUCAACUGUUCAGCCUGCUUGUUGCCACCCAGAGCGAUGAAAUCGGCCUCAACGUCAUUCGGCUGCUCGUAAACACGUUCCACAUGAUCUCCGAAGAAGCCAAACGAAAAGAACUGCUCCUGUCCUACGUCAGGUACGUCUUCCGGAUCGAGGCAUUCCCGGUCAACGGUUGCUCUCCAACUUCCCAGCAAGUCAGCACUGUCCAUGGUGAACUCUGCCGUCAUCUGCCGACCCUUCUCCAUCAGAACAAUACGGACUUCCUACUCGUCAAUAAGUUCAUGAAAUACUCCGGAAUCUUCUUCGACAUCAUCAUCAAAAGCAUGGGUCAAUUCCUUCUGAGCACGGGACGCAUCAAGAUGCAACGAAGUGAACGUUUCCCGAAAGAAUUUUCCACCCGAAUAGAGUCUCUGUUUAGUGUUCUCCUACCUUACCUGAACUCCCGACACAAGGAUCUUCCGAUGGAAACCGACACGCUUAACCAAAGUAUGUCCGUAUUUGUGAAACGUUGCCUCACCUUCAUGGAUCGUGGCUUCGUGUUCCGCUUGAUCCGACUCUACAUGGAUCGCUGGUGCCCCGGGGAUUCUCGCGUCCUACAAGAGUACAAGUUUGCUUUCAUCCGUGAGAUUUGCUCCCACGAACACUACAUUCCACUGAAUCUACCAUUCCUACUGAGUCCAAACAAUCGCCCGCCGGACUUGCUGCAGCAGUUCUGCCUUUCCGAAGACUUCUGCAGACAGCACUUUCUGGCCGGGAUGCUACUGCAAGAGGUAAAAAGUUCACUCAACGAAAUCAGCCACAUUCGGAGACUCGGAUUGACGAUACUGAAAGAUCUCCUAGCCAAGCACGACUUGGACAAUCGGUACCAAAACAAAGGACAACACAGUCGAAUAGCUUUGCUGUACGUUCCCUGGCUGGGCAUAGUUCUGGAAAAUCUGAAUCGCAUCCCGGACGGGCUGGACAAGAAGAAGCAUGACUCUAUCGGAACCAACAGAAUGUCCUGUAGCAGCAGCUACGUAUUCGCUCGGGAGUCUACUCCGGCGACCGCUCCACAGACCGUAACAUCUCAAACUAGCACCCCCAAGUCCCGAAGCAAUCGGGUAACGAUGCACUUCGACUGUCCCAGUCCUAUACGGUCAUCGCUUCAUCUGAAGGACACAAGCUUCCUGGCGGCGAUCGCUGGCCAGAUAUCCCUGUCGAAUGGUCAUUCCACCACAUCCUUAAACUCCGAAUGCUCAACGCUAUCACAGGACGGUACCGUCGUGAUACGCAACAACUCAAGCGAAACUAAUGGCUCUACCAGGCCUAGCCAUGCCAGAUCCAUCAGCGUAACGCAACCCACCAUUAUCCAAAGAACGGACAAGUUUACCCCCACGGAAACCAAAGAUCUGCUGAUAAGCUUUCUAUUUGUAGUCAAGCAUCUCUCGCCGGAUCACAUGCUCGCCUGGUGGCAUAAUUGCACAGAAAGCGAAACCGUUCAAUUCUUCACGGCUCUGGACCUCAGUUUGCUCUACUUCCGGUAUGUUGGCAAAAAGAACAUUCAAAUCCAGCAUGAAGCCGGCAAAGAUACCCGAGCGUCAAAAUCCGCCAAGGCCAGUACCCUUCCGGCGAGGAUGAUGCCACCAAGUAGCGAAUCGGCUGGCUCCUUCGAUUCCGGAACGCUCAAUCAUCCGCAAACCCGGGAGAAUCUAGUCGAAGAAACGAUGCGCCUUCAUCGGGCGCUCUACGAAUCGAACCUGGCGACGGAGAUCGGCUUGAUCAUCCUCGACUGCAUGGGACUCUACUCGAUACAAUUUCGGGACUCGAUGCUGGAGAGUUCCGUUCUACCGAAGAUCGCCCGAGUCUACCUGCGGUUUUUACAACUGGGACAGUCGGAAUCCCUUUCGAAGCAUGUCUUUGCAGCGCUUCGCGCUUUCAUUAACAACUUCUCGCAAGCUCUAUUCAAGGGAAACGCCAUUCUAUGCGGACAGCUGGUCUACGAGUUGCUCAAGUGCUGCGACAGCCGACUUUCCAGUCUACGGCAGGAAGCUUGCGCUGUUCUCUACCUUCUAAUGCGAAGCAACUUCGAGUUCAGCGGUCGAAAAGGACUAACCAGAGUUCACCUGCAGGUGAUCAUCUCCGUGUCGCAGAUGAUCGGUAACGUGAUCGGGUUGAACAACGCCCGCUUCCAGGAAUCGCUCUCGAUCAUCAACAGCUAUGCAACAAGUGAUAAGGCGAUGAAGGGAACCGGAUUCCCUAUGGAGGUCAAAGAUCUAACCCGGCGAGUACGGACCGUCCUGAUGGCCACAGCUCAGAUGCAAGCUCAUCACAUGGAUCCGGAACGGUUGCUGGAGCUGCAGCACUCGCUGGCAAAUUCGUACGCAUCGACGCCGGAGCUGCGGCACACGUGGCUGGUGACGAUGGCCCGCAAUCACGAGCAGAACGGAAACAUCUCGGAAGCCGCGUGCUGCUAUCUGCACAUCGCGGCGUUGAUUUCCGAGUACCUGAAGCUGAAGGGUUGCUGCUCGGUGGCAUUCGGGGCGGAGUCAUUUUUCAAGAUCUCCCGGAACAUUCCGCGGGACGAGAAGGGCCUGAAGCUGGACAGUGGUGCGUCGGAUUCGCAGUACACGGAACAGCUGCUGCUGGACCAGCUGAAGGAAUGUGCCGAGUGUUUGGAUCGAGCCGAACGGCACGAGUGCCUCGGGGAGCUGUACCGGCUGAUUGUGCCGAUUCUGGAGGGCCGCCGGGACUAUCCGGGGCUGGCACAGUGCUACGAACAUCUGAUGCAGUCGUACAACCGGGUGAUCGAGUUCAACAAGAGCGGGAAGCGCCUGCUCGGGCGGUUCUACCGGGUGAUCUACUACGGACAGGCCUACUUCGAGGAGGAGAACGCAGUGGAGUACGUGUACAAGAAGCCGAAGGUGACCUCGUUGAGCGAAAUUUCCGAGCGGCUACACAAACAGUACCGGGACAAGUUCGGCAGCGACAACGUGAAGAUGAUUAUGGACUCGUCGCCGGUCGACGUAACUUCGUUGGACCCAAAGAUGGCCUACAUCCAGGUAACGCACGUGAUACCGUUCUUCUGUAAGGAUGAGCUGGAAAUACGGCAAACGGAGUUCGAACAGAACCACGACGUGGAUACGUUUAUGUACGAAACACCAUUCACUCCGAACGGUGGAGCACGUGGCGCGGUGGAGGAUCAGUGGAAGCGAAGAACUAUUCUAACCACUCAAUACAGCUUCCCGUAUGUGCUGAAGCGCGUUCCGGUCAAGGAGCGACAGACAUUGGAGCUGAGUCCGAUCGAGGUGGCGAUUGAUGAGAUGCAGGCCAAGGUGGCCGAACUGGAAGAAGUCGUUCUGGGGCCGAUCGAUCUGAAGAAGCUUCAAUUGCGGCUUCAGGGUAGUGUAGCCGUGACAGUCAAUGCCGGCCCGUUGGCAUAUGCUUCCGCUUUCCUUGAUCCCAAGCAAUGCUUCAAGUACGCCUCGGACAAGGUGGAAGAUUUGAAGGAUAUCUUCCGUGAGUUCAUUCGGAUUUGCUUCACGGCCCUGCAGAUCAACGCCAAUGUCAUCUCGUCCGACCAGCGGGAGUACCACAGCGCACUGAAGGAGAAUUACGAAAAUCUGUGUUCAGCACUCAGCGAUCUACUGGGGGAAUUCAUUUAUCCUCUGGACGACAGCAACAACAACGCUCAUCGCCACAGUCUUGCCUUGUUCAGUGCCAUCAGCGGGGCACCUAACAACUCUAGUACCGCUUAAGGCACCCCGCUUAGAAGAGGUAAUUUUUGACGUGAUUUUUGGAUGCCCCCUUUCAAACAUACAUUCACAGAACAACGCACAAAAAUAGUUGUUGAUGGAAUUUUUCAAAUAGGAUCAAAAAAGGACUUACAACUAGGAAAUGGGUUUGCAACAAGUAGGUAGAAAACAUUGUAGCUGAAAAUUUACCCCCCACCAAACAUAGGAAAAUUUGCGGAAUCAAAUUGCACAAAUUCAGUCCGGAAGUCUGGACAAGAUGGGAAAUGUACGAACUAAUUUUCAAAUCUCACUUUUUCCGGAAGUUUCAUUCGGCUCCGUAGAGUUUGCCAAACCCCACACUGGAAAAAGUGAGCAUAGAACAAUUCAAACAUUUUCCAAACAAUUAGGAAAUCGAUUUGUGUUGGCAUCUUCUCUUUCGGCUCCACGCCUCAGGAAUUUGUCAGCAAUCUGCCAAUCCUGACAAAGCCCCGAUUCUGUAUUUAUUGUAUAAACAAACCCAACCACACAAUCACUGGAAACACGUGUUAUUGUUAUUAGCAGCAGGCGCUAUAUCUAGAAUCUCAAUUAUUUAGAUGUUGUACGACGUAGAAAUUGAAAAAAAAAUAACCUUAUAAUUGAUCACAUGCAAUCAAAUUUGAUUGGAGAUUUAUAUAAAAAAAAAAAACUUAGAUACGGAAUUUUGGGGCGACAGCUCGGAAAAUUUCAAAUUGGAACUUACCUCGCAUAACUUAGUUUCAGUUAAAUCACGAGUCCUUUUUAUUGAAGAGCGAUUCAAUCUAGGCACCUACGAAUACAGUAGUCUCUGCCAGCGAAAAAGUUAUCGCAUUAUGUUUUGUGCUUUUUUCUUACUUAUCUUUUUCCUUCUCGGUUCUUUUUCAACGUAGUUUUUAAUUUCCUCGUUUCAAAAACGAUAAAAUCUAUAACAUAGCUAAAGAUAACUGAAUAACAGUAGGUUAUACCCUAACAAAUAACAAAUACCCAAGACUGCAAUAUGGUAAAUCGAUUCAAAUUAAAACAAUUUAUACAAAAGGCAUAAUAGCCUCUUGAUGUAUGUGCACCGUGAUUUUUAGAAUGAAUUUUUAAAUCAAACGUCUUUUACUGAUACUCUUGUACACCCAAAAGCAACGCGGUAAAAAUCUGCGACUUUUGAGUGUGCGUAAACAACAGUUCUUAAACAUAUAUGGUCUAACUCUUAUGGUAUCAAACCUCCUUUUAAUUUACAUCACAUUUUGUUACUAGUCAGUUUAUGAACUUUACUUUUGUAUAUUUUAUGUAAAAACUGUAUGCAUAUAUCCUCUGCUUAACGCUAUGUGUGCAUGAUAAAUUCUUUCGUUUGAGAUGUUGUAAAUAUUCGUGUGGAAUUGUUUUAAUUUCUGAUUUAAAUCUCUAAAACAUUUUUAGAAAUAUAACCCUGUGACGAGAAAAAAAUCUAUCCGAAGUUGUUGUUUUUAAAUGUUAGUUUAUCGAAAUAAAAUGAAAUUUUAUGAUAUUUUAUCGCAAUCAGAUGUAUUAUAUUGUUAUCGUCUUGAUGAGCUAGCUGUUACUUUUCGCUUUCUUUCGAGAUUUAAUUUAAAUUAUUCAAUAACCUGCCUUUCCAAACUUCUAUUGGAAAAGUUAAAAGCAUAGCUUACUCCUACUCACUCCAGUGUGAAGUAAACAAAAUAAAACUUCUCGACAACACCACAUUUAAUCAUCACUAAAGUGCGGUGAUCUGCUUAAUGGGAAUCUCAACCGAUCUUAUCUGUAAUUGUAAUCUAACAAGUUGUUGUUGGUUAAUACUAUAGGAACCCUGUAACAGGUUUAUGUGAACAUUAUACACGUAUAUAGUAUAACAUAAUUAGUUAUAAUUAAACUCGAACACACAGUCAGGUAGCAUCUGAACCAGGAACAAAAGCAUACAAUUCGUAACAUACUUAGUAAUUGGAACACGACUUUACACAUUUAUUCGAAACUAGGUUUUAAGUAGGCAUUAUUUUCCAGCAAAUACAACAAAAUAUACACCCAAACAUAAAAAUGCUGACCAAAUGGUGUUAUUUAACAACUCACGCUACUGUCAACCCAGUAAGCAUCCGUAGGUAACAACCAGUUAAACAUUCAAUACGGAAAUACACAUAGACAAAGAAUAUCUCUAAUGUAACCCAAAUGAAAAAAAGCUAAACGCAACACAUUAUGCUAUCUCUUCUUACCAAUACAUACGCAAACACAAUGUUAAGCGGAAGUUGUACUCGAAU